CGCGCACAGCAUGGCGGAAGCGGAAGGGAGUUCUCCGCUCCUGUCGCCGCCGCCACCACCCCCGCCCGGGAUGGCGGAAGUGGAGGUUCCGACGGCGGCCGAGACGGACAUGAAGCAGUACCAGGGCUCCGGCGGCGUCGCCAUGGACGUGGAGCGGAGCCGCUUCCCUUACUGCGUCGUGUGGACGCCCAUCCCGGUGCUCACGUGGUUUUUCCCCAUCAUUGGCCACAUGGGCAUCUGCACAUCCACAGGAGUCAUCCGGGACUUUGCUGGCCCCUACUUCGUCUCAGAAGACAACAUGGCCUUUGGAAAGCCUGCCAAGUACUGGAAGUUGGACCCCGCUCAGGUCUACGCCAGCGGGCCCAACGCGUGGGACACGGCCGUGCACGACGCCUCAGAGGAGUACAAGCACCGCAUGCACAACCUCUGCUGUGACAACUGCCACUCCCACGUGGCGCUCGCCCUGAACCUGAUGCGCUACAACAACAGCACCAGCUGGAACAUGGUGACGCUCUGCUUCUUCUGCCUGCUCUAUGGGAAGUACGUCAGCGUCGGAGCCUUCGUAAAGACCUGGCUGCCCUUCCUGCUUCUCCUGGGCAUCGUCCUCACCUUCAGCCUGGCCUUGAACCUGCGGUGAUGGCUGCCAGAGGCCCUGAGCCCACCAGACCCUCAAGAAGGCAGCUGCUACCCUUUUUGGUUCCAGAUUCUCCUCAUCCCCACGGGCAGGGUUGGCCUGCUAUUUCGGACCCAUGGGUCUGGGCUGGGUGGGAUGGAAGGGCUGAGGGUGCGCGUGAGACAGGGUUGGGUGUCCGCUUGCCCUGCCACUCACCAGCCGUCACAAGCGCCCUGUGCCUGCCCCGGACUCGUGAUCCCGCCCCUGUAGCAACCUCUUGGUUCGUCUGUUAGAAAAGCUGCAGCUGCGCGGUAGAGCUCCUCUCACCACUGCCUGCUGGGUCAGCCCAGUGCCAGGAGGGAAGGACGUUUGGCCCCAAGUUCAAGGCAGUGCAGAGAUGGCAGCUGGGUUAAGAGCCUUCCCCCGCUGUUAGCUCCGUGGUAGGGUGGGGCCCACUGAGAAUCUAAGCUGUCCUGGAGCCUUGGCCGCCUGGGCCCCAGGAGUGGGCCUAGGGGCUGGCUGGGCCCUCCUUCAGUGCCUGCCAGCAGCUGCCCUUAGGGCAGUUUGGGCCCCACCUGCCGGCAGCCUCCUCACCUCCCUCUGCUGGGACCUCCCAGCACUCGGUUUUGGGGCCUGGCUGGUGGGGUGAGGCAGGGCUGGCUUGUGCGGAGUGGCCCUCUGUAGAAAAGGCCCAGCUGUGGACGUCCUACGGGGGUGGCAUCCCUUAAAUCCAAAACGUGGGUGUGCUGUCAGCAGGAGGGGCUGCUUGCUCAAGUUGUCAAAGGGCCCUGUGCUGCCCACCUCCCCCCACUCCAUGGUCCCUUUGUGAGGGGCUCCUGAGCAGGACAAUAAAGACCUGUGACUCUGA